GAAUCUCCAGUGCAGACAUCAGGAACAAGAAUUUCAGGGAAAGUAGUGGAAGAAAGUUCCCUAGAAGAAUCUAUAAGCAGACUCUCUGACAAACCUGGAACUGAUGAUUCCUGGCCAACCACAGAUGAAGAAGAAUUAGAUUUUUGUGCAAAGAAACUCCCCAAGGUGAACUUAACCAAAAUAAUAAAUGCUUCUCAGCAAAUAAGGAAAAACAUAGAUGAAAAGAGUAGCACUGUCAAUACAGAACAUAGAACUUUUCUUCGGCACAAUCAAUCAGAUAGCGAAAAAGAAGACAUGACAGAUACCGUUCCUAAGCCUUCAUCCCAAGCCCAGUGCUCCCCUCAUCCUGUCCAUCCCUCACUUGGCUCCUUUUCAAGGUCUUCCCAGGUGAUGACUACUCUUCUAGGCAUUAAUAAGGAAGAAUCAACGGAAUCAGAGGAGGAAGAAAAGGAAGGUAGUGUAUUAAUUGACAAUGGUACUAGAGAACAAGCACCUCCUGAAACUCCAAAUCUUGCUAAUGAAGUUCAGGCUCACAAUACAUCAGUGAAUUGCACUAUUAGAAAAGAUUUGAUGUCAGCAUUAGGACUGGAAGAGGAAGAAGAUGCAGAAUCACCUUGGGAUUCAGAGUGUGCCACUGAAAGUCUCCCCAAAGGAUCUGCCAGGCAUAAAACUGCAUCCACAAAUCAGACAAUAAAAGACAAUAUUUCAAUGGAACAACGUGAAGAUGUAUUUUAUAUACCUUCUUUCAUGAAUGGAUCAAGAAACUUUAAGAUGGAUAAACUAAUGGAAACAAGAAGUAUAGGCAUGCCAGUAGGCAGCGUGGAUUAUCUUGAGAGACAUCCAAAUUUGAAGCCCAUUCAACCCACUAUUGAAAUGAAAGAUUCUUUCACAAAUCAAGAAGUAGAAAAAGGAGUUAAGGGAAAACAAAAGUCACAUUUAAUGGAAGAAUUUGGUUUAGAUGAUGCAGAUGACAUUGAUGAUGCUUCUGAUUGGGAUUCUGCCAGUACUUCCCAGAAAAAUGAGACUUACAGAAGUUCCAAGGAUUUGAAUUUUAAUGAGAAUUAUCCUUGCCAGUCACUACCAGUGACUAAAAAUCAGUCAGGAUCCAUAGAGUUUGGAAAGAUUCCUUUAAAAGAAGAUGAAGCAGCUGGAGCUGAAAGUGGACAUGAGACUGGAUUUAGGGUUGUGAUUCUAGGAGAAAACCCAGUCCCCCAGAAGCAAUGUGGACCACAUCUCCCUCUAAAAAAAGAGGAAGGUAAAAAAGGAUCAACAGAGGAAAGCCAAGAAAGUUUUCAUAAACGUGACCCAGAACAGGACAAAGUUCAGAUGGAUGCAGAUGAUGUUGAUGACCUCACUCAGUCAUCUGACACAGCUACAGAGGAUUAUGAUUUACCUCCCUUAAACUGUAAGAAUAUUUUGUUACUGAUUGAACAACUUAGUGUUGAUUGUAAAGAUCCUAUUAGCCUUUUGAAAAUUCAGAAUGCAGUUCUUAGAUAUGAACAAUCAGUAGAACUUAAAAAAGGACGUUGUACACUACUCGCUGGAAAAGUUAAGAGUUUAGAAAACAAGAUUACUGGACUACAGAAAGAAUUAUUGGAAUCAAGAGAAAUGAAAUCCCAGUUAGAACAUCAAAAAGCAGAAUGGGACAGAGAACUCUGUAGCCUCAGGUUUACAUUGAAGCAAGAGGAAGUAAAGCGAGUGACUGCAGAAAUGCUAUUUCAAAAAAUUAGAGAACAGUUAAGAAAAAAAGAAGAACAAUGUAGUAAAGAAGUGGAGCUAAAACAGCAACUUGAAUUCACUCUCAAUACUCUGGACCUUGAGCUGAGAACAGUAAGAAAUCAUUUAAAACAGGUUGAAGAAGAGCGAAAUGACACUCAAAGACAACUUUCUCAGGAGCUGAAUGCCAGAGCUUUGCAAGCCAGAAUUCUGAAUAAUCCUCUUUGGAAGCAGAAAGAAAUAGAAUCAGCUGCAUCCAAAAUGAUUCAGACUUCUGAGGUUUCUGAUAGCAAUGAAAAAGAAAAAUAUCUGCUGAAUAAAAAUCAAACCCUACAGGAUGAAGUUGCCAAGCUCAAACUGGAACUAGAGACAGUAAAAAUUAAAGAUCAGGAAAAAGAAAAUCAAUAUACAGAAGAAAAUGAAGUUUUAAAAGAAAAGUAUGAUGAGCUUCAAAAGGAAUUAAAACUGAAUGAAGAAGCAUUAACAAAAACAAUAUCCCAGUACAGUGGACAAGUAAAUGUUCUGACAACUGAGAAUGCAAUGCUGAACUCUAAAUUGGAGAACGAAAAACAAAACAGAGACAGACUGGAGACAGAAAUUGAAUCAUACCGUUCCCGUCUGACUUCUGCUAUUCGUGAUCAUGAACGAAGUCAGACAUCAAAACUAGACCUUGAACAUAGCUUUCAGCGAGAACGAGAUGAGUGGCUUCGUUUACAGGACAAACUAAAUCAUGACUUGUCUAGUCUAAGAGAGAACAAUGGUGUCCUUUCUCAAGAGCUCUCUAAAGCUGAAAGUAAAGCUAAUAGUUUAGAAAAUGAGCUAUACCAUGUACGUGAUUCCCUCAGAGAAAAGACACUAAUUUUAGAAAGCUCACAGAGAGAAUUAAACCAGGCCCAGUAUAAAGCAAAGGAUCUGGAACACACAAAUCAAAUAGAAAAGGAAAAACUGAACAAAUAUAUCGUUAAACAUGAAUCUAUCCAAGAAAGAUUAGCCCAAAUCCAGAGUGAAAAUAUGCUGCUUCGACAACAGCUGGAAGAUGCCCAAAACAAAGGCAUCAUUAAAGAAAAGGUAUUGAGUGAUGCCCAGGUACAGUUUAUUGAUCUCUUCAAUAAACUUCGUGCUGAUACCGAAAAACAAGUUCUUAUGGUAGAAGAGAGAAAUAAAGAGUUAAUCACUGAAUGUAACCACUUAAGAGAGCAAACGUGUAAAUAUGAAAAUGAGAAAGCAGAAAGAGAGGGUACAGUAAGAAAACUUCAAGAAGAACUUGCCGAUUCUCUUAAAAAACAAUCCAUGACGGAAGCUUCACUAGAGGUUACAUCACUUUAUCAGAAUGAUUUUGAAGAUAAGAAAAAACAACUACAGAAGGAAAUAGAUCAAAUGAAAAGUAAACUUAAUACUGAAAGGGAAAAAUUAAAGAAACUCAUUGAGUUAAAGCAAUCUCUGGAAAAUCGUCUAGAACAAGAAAUGAAGAGAAAUGAUGAAUUACAGAAAGACCUCAGUGGGUUUAAAAAACUGUUAAAAACAACACAAAAGAAAUUAAGAGACUAUGAAAAAGGAGAUGUUGUUUAUGAGGGGGGACUGAAGCAAACACAUUCUGAAAUGGAUAGACAAAUUAAUAGAUUGAAAAAUAAGAUUGAAGACCUUACACAACAAUUGGAAGCAGCAUCUUCAGAAUGUAAUCAGCUGGAAUCAAUUAAUCAAAGUCUUCAAGAAGAAUUAUUUUCUAUGAAAAUCUUGCAAAAAAAUUGUGACAAGCUGGAAGGGAAUAAAAGACAACUGGAAGAAGAAGUAGUAAAUCUUAAGUAUCAUUUGGAAAUCACUAAGCUAGAACGCAGUCAAAUAGAACAAUAUAAACAUGAGAUUGAAGAAAGAGCAAGGCAGGAGAUUGUCGAGAAACUAAAAGAAGUCAACCUAUUCCUGCAGACACAAGCAGCAUCGAGAGAGAACUUAGAACAAUUAAGAGAAAAUAACAAUGCUUCAAUAAGAAAUCAAAUGGAGCAACGAAUUAGAGACCUGGAAUCUGAACUCUCCAAAAUGAAAAACUCAUGUCAAGACUCUGUGGAGGCAGAGAUAGAGAGAUACAGACAGCUUUAUUCUGAAGAAUUAAAAAUUAGAAAAUCAUUGUCAAACAAAUUAGAUAGAACUACUGAAAGGUUAGCUGAGGUGAGUCACCGACUCCUGAAUGAAAAACAAAAGAAUAAAGUUUUGAUCCACAGUUUUACUGCAAGUCCAAUUCUGGAGCCUGUGCAUGUUGGGAAUAUUAAUACCAGUAUGCUCCUCGGUAGAAGUCUUAUUCCAAGAGGAAAUUUGGUAUAUUCUACUGGAAACACAGUGUCUUCAAAAAGCAGAGUGGAGGCCUACAUGGCAAAGAUGCAGCAGGAGUUGGAAGAAAGUAUAAGCAGGGAACUUGAUGAAGCUACUGCUAAACUUGAAUCUAGAUCUUGAAGGACUACUUAUCUAACUAAUAAUUAGCAUCUACUAAUGAAUCCUCAAGAAUACCAAAGCUAAAUCAGGAUCCAGAAAAACUACAUGCUUUAAAAGAAGAAAUAAUGUUCAUUUGUGAAAUGAACUAUGUUUACAUAAUAUGUAAUGGUUUCCAUUAAAUAUAUAAAUGUGAAAAAAAUCUAAUGUAUUAGAAAAUGUGUG